GAGAGCAGAGUAUACCGCAGACAUCAUUUCUACUACAGUGGCGGAGCCGUACAGGACCUGUUCACUGCAGGGGGAUCCAAAACAAGCCCCGUGGAGCAGCAGCCAGAGCCACAGCGGCCGCGAGACACUGUUUCUCUCCCUCUGUCCCCCCUCCCCACGCAACCCCAGAUCCAUUUACACUUUACAGGCCAUCGUGCAACAAACCACUGGGGUGAUCCCUUCGAGACGCAGGCUUGGGUUUCAUCCUCACGCCACCCGCUCCUCCCCCACGGCCUCGGCAGGGAAGUGCAUCUUAUGUCAGUAUCUGCUCUGCUGGCCCCUGCAGUGCCGCCUGGUUAAGCUCUCCCUGGAAGUCUCAUUGUGCCUUAGAAUUUUCUCUACUGCACGAGAGAGAGCCACAAACAGCUGUCCGACCUCACUCCGCUCAGUCAAAGCAUCCUGGGGCAUCAUGUGAGAGUCUGCUCUGAGGCCUCCCUAAAUCGUGCUGCCACACGCCAGGAGCGAGAGGGCAAGAGUGGGCUGCGCCGAGGGGCUUGCACCACAGCUCGUGUUUGGUCCAGGCAUCCGACACUGAAUCUCUCUUCUGCUACCCUUUGUACUCAAGCAAAAUCUUCGUGCAACACAUCUGCUUAGAAGAGACUGACUGUGCGCGGUUCUCCAUUGUGAUGAAAGCACAUGGUACUGUUUUCCAAAGCGAUUAGCCCAAAAUUGUCUUGGCGAAAAGAAACCAACCUGCUGUUUUCGCAGAGUAUUUGCCAUCUCUAUGUGAAAGGAAGAAAGCCCAGGAGCCCUCCAGCUUCUGUGGGAUGUCUGCGUGGUGAAGCCUAGGCCGAGGCUGGCUGGGAACGGCGCGCGGUGAAUGUUAAUCCAGAGCUGCCGCUGGCCGAGUGCACCCAGGGGGAGAUGAUUCCUCAUGAAGAACCUGGAUCCCCUACAGAAAUCAAAUGUGACUUUCCGUUUAUCAGACUAAAAUCCGAGCCAGCCAGCCAGUGAAGCAGUCACCGUGGAGGGAGGGCGGCGAAAGAUGAAAUCCACGCAGGAGCGGAGCAAUGAAUGCCUGCCUCCCAAGAAACGCGAGAUCCCGGCCACCAGCCGGCCGUCCGAGGAGAAGGCUGCGGCGCCGCCCAGUGACAACCACAGGGCGGAGGCCGUGGCCUGGCUCCCUGGCAAUCCUGGCGGCCGAGGCCACGGGGGCGGGAGGCACGGGCCGGCAGGGACCUCGGUGGAGCUCGGUUUACAGCAGGGAAUAGGUUUACACAAAGCAUUGUCCACUGGGCUGGACUACUCCCCACCCAGUGCUCCCAGGUCGGUCCCAGCGGCCACCACGCUGCCUGCGGCGUACCCUCCCCCGCAGUCAGGGACGCCCGUGUCCCCCGUGCAGUACGCUCACCUGCCACACACCUUCCAGUUCAUCAGCUCCUCCCAGUACAGCGGCCCUUACGCCGGCUUCAUCCCGUCACAACUGAUCUCCCCCACAGCCAACUCCGUCACCAGUGUGGUGGCCUCCGCGGCGGGCGCCACCGCCCCAUCCCAGCGCUCCCAGCUGGAGGCCUACUCCACUCUGCUGUCCAACAUGGGAGGGCUGAGCCAGGCCCCCCCGGGACACAAGGUUGAGCAUCAGCAGCACCUGGGCAGGGCACCGGGGCUCGUCACCCCGGGGUCCCCGCCGCCCACCCAGCAGAACCAGUACGUCCACAUUUCCAGUUCUCCGCAGAGCACCGGGCGCCCGGCCUCUCCUCCGCCCAUCCCCGUCCACCUCCACCCCCAUCCGACGAUGAUCCCACACACGCUCACCCUGGGGCCCUCCUCCCAGGUCGUCGUGCAAUACACGGACUCCGGCAGUCACUUUGUCCCUCGGGAGUCCACCAAGAAGGCCGAGGGCGGCAGGCUGCAGCCGUCCAUCCAGUCCAAGGAGGUCCUCAACGGGGAGAUGGAGAAGAGCCGGCGGUACGGGGUUCCGUCCUCGGCCGACUUGGGCCUGGGCAAAGCCGGGGGCAAGGCGGUCGCGCACCCCUACGAGUCCAGGCACGUGGUGGUCCACCCCAGCCCCGCGGACUACAGCAGCCGAGAUGCCCCAGGGGUGCGGGCCUCUGUGAUGGCUCUGCCCAACAGCAGCACGCCCGCCACAGACCUAGAAGUGCAGCAGGCCACGCACCGCGAGGCCUCGCCCUCCACCCUCAACGACAAAGGCAACCUGCACCUGGGGAGGCCAGGCCACCGCUCCUACGCUCUGUCACCCCACACGGUCAUUCAGACCACGCCCAGUGCUUCAGAGCCCCUCCCGGUCGGACUGCCAGCCACGGCCUUCUACGCAGGGACGCAGCCCCCCGUUAUCGGCUACCUGAGCGGCCAGCAGCAAGCAAUCACCUACGCCGGCAGCCUGCCGCAGCACCUGGUGAUCCCCGGCACCCAGCCCCUGCUCAUCCCGGUCGGCAGCACGGACAUGGAGGCGUCGGGCGCAGCCUCUGCCAUCGUCACCUCGUCGCCCCAGUUUGCUACAGUGCCCCCUCACACCUUCGUCACUACUGCCCUCCCCAAGAGCGAGAACUUCAGCCCCGAGGCCCUGGCCACCCCGGCUGCCUACCCGGCCAUGGUGCAGGCCCAGAUCCACCUGCCCGUGGUGCAGUCGGUGGCGUCCCCCGCGGCGGCUCCGCCCACGCUGCCCCCCUACUUCAUGAAAGGUUCCAUCAUCCAGUUGGCCAACGGGGAGCUGAAGAAGGUGGAGGACUUGAAAACGGAAGACUUCAUUCAGAGCGCGGAGAUCAGCAACGACCUGAAGAUCGACUCGAGCACUGUGGAGAGGAUCGAGGACAGCCACAGCCCAGGCGUGGCGGUGAUCCAGUUCGCAGUGGGGGAGCACCGAGCGCAGGUCAGCGUGGAAGUCUUGGUCGAGUAUCCUUUUUUUGUGUUUGGACAGGGCUGGUCGUCCUGCUGUCCGGAGAGAACCAGCCAGCUCUUUGAUCUGCCGUGUUCCAGACUCUCAGUAGGUGACGUCUGCAUCUCGCUCACCCUCAAGAACGCCAAGAACGGCUCUGUUAAAAAGGGCCAGCCCGCGGAUGCUGCCAGUGUCCUGCUGAAGCGCUCAAAGACCGACAGCCUGGCGGGCAGCAGACACAGGUACGCCGAGCAGGAGAACGGGCUCAAUCAGGGAAGCGCUCAGAUGCUGUCUGAGAACGGUGAACUGAAGUUUCCAGAGAAGAUGGGCUUGCCCGCGGCACCCUUCUUCACAAAAGUAGAACCCAGCAGGCCCGCGGCCGCGAGGAAGAGGAGGUGGUCGGCGCCGGAGACCCGCAAACUGGAGAAGUCGGAGGACGAGCCGCCUUUGACUCUUCCCAAGCCUUCUCUGAUUCCUCAGGAGGUCAAGAUUUGCAUCGAGGGCCGGUCUAACGUGGGCAAGUAGAGGCAGAGCGGGCGAGGCGCCGCGGCCGUCCCGUGCCCUUCCUUCGUAUCCAGAUUACUGUACUGUAGGCUAAAUAACACAGUAUUUACAUGUUAUCCUCUUACUUUAGAUUUCUGUUCUAACCUUGUCAUUACAGUUACAGCAGGUGUGUCGCAGGAGACUGGUGCAUACGCUUUGUCUGCGAGUGUCUGUCGGGGAGUGGCGGGUGGGCCACUGGCAGGCAAGGGCAGCAGCCGGCAGGUGCCCGGGCCCGCCGGGGUCCCGAGAGAGGCCAGUGGGAAUGGACCUGCAGGGGUGGAGGGGCGUGUGCCUGUGAGGGUGCGUGGGGUGCGUGCCCCUGCCUCCCUCUGUGCCGCUCUCUUGCCUUCAGCGGGGGCUGGGGGUAGGGGGCAAUGCAGAGCAGCAUCCUCCUGGGGUUCCCACAUUUAAAGUCAACAUCAGGACCCCAGCUUCAGGGCAGGCGGCAGAUGCAAAAGGAAAGCUCUCCGUUUCAAAGAACGUUUUUCUCUCCAACACAUUUUACAAUAAAAGCAACUUUUAAUCAUAUAGAGAUAUAUUUCCCCCUAUGGGGCCUUGACUGCACUGAUACAUAUUUCUUUUUUUUAAAGAGCAACUGCCACACGUGGGAUUUCAUUUCUGCUUUACUAGUGCAGUGAUGUCGCCAAGGGUGUCGCCGUGGGCAGGGAGGCCCUGCCCGUAUCCCCCUCCCCACCCCCAGCACAGCUUGCACCAUGAUGGGGGGCUGGGGCUGGGGUGAGGGAACACCCUCACUGGUUCUGUGCAGUGUUAGGAGAACCAGUCAGAUCCUAGCCUUGUGGCUCCCGAAAAGUAGAUGCAGACCACCCAGCAGUGAGAGCAGCAGGAGCUCUCGCACUGAGUUGGCAAAGUCUUUGUGUCUUUGCAGUCCUACUUAAGAGUCCAUGGCAAUGGACAGCACGGGUGCCACUGCUUUCAGAUUCCAGUGUGACACGAGGAGUUCGAUUCUGAAAGUGAGCAUAGAUUCCUGUUUUCUAAGCACUUACAAUGCCUGUCACCCUUUAUCAUCAAGCAUCUUGAUCUGUGUCAUUCGACGAGUACUGUAUCUCACUUUAAACUUUCGGGAAAGAAAAUCAACCAACACACAGAAAACUAAGUUGCUUUCUUUUUUGUUUGUCAACACUGUUAACUGCGUUUCAGCUCUGCGGAGUUGCUCCCGGCAAGAUUUGGAAAGUCUCCGUGUGGUUGAAAGGGACGAACGUGUAUGACGAGCUAGUGUGUGACAGAAAAUGACCACCAAGUACUACCUGACAGGAGGCACUUGUCACUUUGAUGUUGGAGAAGGAGUGAAAGGCGUAUAUGCAGAGUUGGCAGAGAAACUGAGAGAGAAGGGAUGGAGAGAAGCCUCAUUUUUGUCCAGUGUUUUUCCUUUUAAGAUGAACUUUUAAAGAACCUUGCGAUUUGCACAUCUUGAGUUUAUAAUUGGUGUGAUAUUCCUGCAGUUUUUACCUAAUAACAUUGUGGGAAAGGUUUGGGGGACUGAACGAGCAUAAAUAAAUGUAGCAGAAUUUCUUUCUAAACUGCCUAAGCUCUAGGCUGUUUUAUAAGGUUAUGUUCCUUUCAGAACUCACUUUGGUCUUUCUGCCGCCUCUGUCACAAAAAGCCAGGUCUCAGCAGGACAACCUGGAGAACUGUCUUCAGACUCACUGAGAGAGUUUUCCAUCAACAUUUAUAUUUGUGAGCAAGUUUUUUUUUUUAAAGACUUACUUUACUAUUGUUGUUAUUAAUGUUUUCAGAUGACUUUUUUUUCCUAUUUGGAAUCCAAUCAAGAUUUCGUGUUUGGUACAAACCCAGAAAGGGUAUUUCAUAGGUUACAUCUUUCAUUCCCAGAUAUCUGAUAUCAUUUGUGGGUUUUGAGUGCAUUUUAAAAUGCUUAAAAAAAGGGUUUUACAAGCAAGGAGAAAUUUUUGACUGUUGUUUGGAUGGCUGCAGCUAACCUGAGAAAGUACUUACUCGAUGUUUCUGUGGCCAUUGAAAAUAGGACUUCUGCCAUUUUAUGAACUUACAGAAGAAAAUAUGCUACCAUCAACCCACAUGUUGGCUCCCUAGGAUUCCUUUACAUUUGGUUCUCACAGGGACUAAUGAUUCUUAUAAACCAUUUUCUGGGGUGUACCAAAAACAUCUGAGUAGGUUAAGAAUAGCUAGACUCUUUCCUUGAAUUUCCUAGCCGAGCUGGGUGGGGUGGGCCCUGGUGGGCCUUCCCACCCUCGCGGUCACACUGCUUCUGUAGUGUUGUAUUUUUUUAAACAUUUCCGUUUAGAGAACUUGCUUAAUCUUCCAUAUAUUCUGCUCAGGGCACUUGCAAUGAAUAGGUUUUGUUUUUCCCUUUUGUUUUUUUAACCUUUGAUGGUAAGAGGACUCUGGGGCUGCCACACAAACUUUUGCUCUCAUUGGUACCACUAUCUACAACUCACGUGGACUCAGAGAAACAUGACAACACGACACCCCUCUUGCUUACUUUCCGUACUGAACUGACCGGAUCCACCACCCCAACACUAAAAUUGGAAAACACACAUGGUUUGGAGCAAUAGGAACAUCCUCAUGCUUUUCAUGGUUCUAUUUCAGGUAUAGGAAUUAUAAAACAAUUGGUUCUUUCUAAACAUCUGUCCCAUUUCACACUCUUGCUUUUUUUUUUUUUUUUUUUUUUUUUUGAAUGUGCAAUACUUUCCGUGCCAAUAGAAUCUGACCAGUGUGCUAUAGUGAAAGCUCAUUCCUUUUAGGCUUAUUCCUUGUUCACGUGAUCUUUCCAGUCUCUUCCUCCCCUCCCCCCUGGUUCUGGCCAGGGAAGGGCAGCCUCCUCCCGCCUUUCCCACUGUGAGUGCUGAGUGUUGGGGCAGGAGCCUGCAGGAGCCCCCAGUGUCUGUCACCCACUGCAGGAUGGGGCCAGCCAAGGAGACCCCGGGGAGAACCACACAGAAUAGUGAUGAUGGAGCGUGGACAGGAAGGAGGCAGGUGGAUUUCUGGGGCGCACUCUGGAGCAAUGUAGGCUGGAGGCGACCCAUUUUCCAUGGUCUCGAGGCCUGCGUCCUCUGAGCGUGGGGCAGCAAGUGUGACCUGUUGUGGGCAUGCUUGCUGAGUGUGCUGGCCCGUGACUGUGGAGGGGACCACCUGCCAGCCAUGGUCUCUGUCCCUGCAGCAGCUUUCUCUUGAAAGAGGAAGAAUGCACAAAGGCAGAGAAGCCCCCUCUCGUCCCCAGACGCUGGCGUGCCCCUGGCUGUGGCCAGUGCUCUGUGUAGCAAACCUAUGGAUGACAGGGGUUGAAAUUCUGCAAUGCCCCUCCACUGCCAAGGAUCAGCCUCAUGCCUGUGCAUGACGUCCACUUGGUAGUCGUGCCUCAGAGCCGGCUCGCAUGCUCGCUUUCUUUCCCGUUUUCCAUUUUUAAACUACUAACAGCAGGCCUUCUGUGUUUACAACUGAACACAAUCACCAAGAAAUUAGUCAGGGCGAAAAGAAAAAAAAAAAAAAACUUAAUAAUACUAUUCAUAAGAAACCAACAAACAAGAACCUCUCUGUAUAGGGAUUUCUAAAUAUAUAAAAAUGACUGUUCCUUAGAAUGUGUUUAAGAAUCUUUGAGUUUGCCUGGGCCACCUUGGGGCAGGGGGUGGGAGGGGUGCGGCGAGGGACGCCACUUACCUCAAAUCUGUGAACGUGGAAUCCAGACUGCGCUGUCAUCUGGACUUCCAGGAUCCUCGUGUGCGCGCGUCGGUUCUGGGUUUCUCUGCGCCGCGCCUGCUUUGGCUUGGGGUGACCUGAGUUUGUCGGUGGCGUUGACCCCACUUGUCACAAGGAGUUGUGAGCCUGUGUGUUGUGUGUGAGGUGAGUGUGAUGGGCCCCCCUCCUCUUUUCUCCCCCCGUACAGGGAACACUCUGCGGAAACUUCACACCUCUUACUCAGGGACGGGGCUGGUGUGUGGGGUACACGGGGGUGUCCGGAAGCAGCACUUUGACUGCUCUGGAGUAGGGUUGUACAAUUUCAAGGACUGUUUGGAUUUCCUGCAUCUUGUGGAUGACUCCUUAGAUACCGCAUAGAUCGCAAUAUAAUGCUGCAUGUUCGGGACGAACAGUAGCUCCUAGUAAUCCUAAAAUCCACUCUUUGCACAUAGUUUUGAUCUUUCCUGAAAUACGUUGCCAAAAUUUAUAUUUUUGGUUGUUGUCUUCGUCGUGGCUUUGGGUUUUUGUUUUUGUUUCUUAAGGAAACAAUCAAUAUCCUUUAACACCUGUGACAACUAAGGAAACCUAAUUCUUCCAUAGAGAAACAUCUUAGAUGCUUUUGAAGACACUAACACCAUGCUAUUUCAGACAUGGGUGAGGGCCCCAGUGGGGCAGAGGGCUGGGCUUUGUGUGGCAGGCUGGUUGUCAUGGCUACGGGGUCAUGAACCCACAAGGAACCCAGCCGCCUGGUCCCUUCCCUCCCGAAGCCCCCCCCCCGCUCCUCCAACCUUGUCACCCUCCACGAUUCCAGGUAAAACCCGGGGCCGGGGGCCCCGUGUGUUGGGCGGUGACCUGAAAGGGAAGAGCAUUACAAACUCGGUUUGUUUUUAAAAUGGUGUGGGGGCUUUUGCUUCCGCCUUUGUCUUUUUAACCCAGGAUUUCUGAAAUAGAGAACUUAAGAACACAUCAAGUAAUAAAUACACAGAGCAUAUACUUUUUUUUUUUAAUGAAGCACAGGCAUACGCUAUUGUGUUGGGCUGGUUUCCACCCAUCUCCACAGUGUUCUAUUUCUGUUGAUAGGGAAGGUCCAAACGAGUUGCACACCUCUACUUCGGAGCUGAGAUUUCUUUGACAUAGAUGACCUCGCUUCAGAUUUGUUACCUUACCGAUAGGAUCUGUUCUUGUAGCACUAUACCUUGUGGGAAGUUUUUUUUUUUUUUUUUCUAAUGUACACCUAAUUUGAGAAGCUGAAGAAAACGAAUUUUGAAGCACUCACUUUGAGUACAGGUAAUGUUUUAAAAAAAAUUGCACAAAAGAAAAAUGAAUGUCGAGACGCUUCAUUCAGUGUUUGAAAGAUACGGAUCUGUUGAAAUGAGUUUCAUAGUUUGUUUGUAAAAAAAAAAAAAAAACAGCAGAGAAGGGUUGAAAGUUCCGUGUGUGUUUUUUUUUUUUUUUUUUCUGUACAUAGAAAUGUGUCAUGAUGUCUAAGUGAUCAGCUGUGUAUGGUUCUGGCCUGGAAGAAUUCUUACGUAAAAGGCUCUUAAACUAGACCUGUGCUUCCUGUUGUGCUGUUACACAGCGCCUCGCCUGAGGGAGGGGACUGGACUCUGCUACUUGAGAAGACUGCUCAUUCCUGCGCUCAGUGCUUCCCUGAGCUCCCUUGUUAGUCGCAACUCUUAAGCCAUUGCAAUUCCUCGUCCUCCAGAGGUGAUGUCUGACCUUCUCAGCACUUCUUGUUCCUCUAAACCCAAAGAAUAGAACCCUGAACAUGAAGUGUUUGUCACAAGUGAUCCUAGCUACCAAGAAAACAGGAUUCAUUACGGGGACAGAAAACCCGCAAUUGGUUAGCCUUCUUCGAAGCCCCAACCACCACCCCCACCUCAUUUAAGUGGUUAAAUGGAAACACCUUUAUUAAGUGGUGAAAUCAAUUGAAACACCUCAUUUUUUAUUUUAAAAGAGGCCAAGAUCAAUAUGGAACUUCUCAGAAGUCAUUUUCUUGUCCAAAAAUCAGGCUGGAGGACAGCUGUGGGCAAGUUAGCAACACCACCCCCCCCCCAUCCUCUCCCCCGCAGCUCUUCAAUUCAGAAUCCCCCCUCCCCUCACGGCUGGGUGCAGCUGCUCUGGUUGCUAACAUCCACCUGUACCAGGGCAGCAGGGAACAGUGGCUUUGGUUUUUCACGUCCCCAUGACUUGCAUACAAACAGUUCAACUUGUAUUAAAAAGAAAUGCAUUUGGCCAAUUGGUAGACCCUCUGCAGUAACAGUCUCUUAAGAAUUCCCAAGGACUUCCCUUGUCUGACAGGACUCCAGUCUUCCACUGCAGAUUCACUGGAGACUUCACCCACCCCCACCCCUCCUUACCCCCUCCCCCUUCAGUUCAUU